AUGCGCGCCUUUCUAUAUGCUACCAACAGAGCCUUUGCUUCCACUAACCCUACCAAGCUUAUCUUCGCCAUGAGUAGCCAAGGUUAUGGUUUAAAAUCUAAGGAUUUCUCAGAUUUUUCGAAAAGUAAAGCUGUUUUCGAAAGUCGCUCAGAUGGUUCUUCCUUACAAUCACGCAUUUCGACUGGAAUUUCUAUGACCGAGUCUCAGUUGGAGGCUGGAAAAGCCAUUAUCGCAAACCCAUCGGCCAUUUCUAAGGUGUCAAAGGUCACGAAACAAGUUAUUAAUACACUGUUGGCUUCGGCCAAGUCUCUUGCUGAGUUACUCGGUAUUGUAUCAGAAGCCGUUCCACCCACAGAACCAAUUGCUGAGAUUUUCAAGAGCCUAUUGAAACUUGAACUUGAUCGACAAGAUAACGACAAAAGAAUUGCUGUGCUCUAUCACUCGAUGUCAACUAUGCUAAUCGUACUAGCGAAAUUAGAUAAUGUGUUUGAUGAGCAAGGGGAUCUGGCAGAGAUACUGAACCGGAAGCUCGACGAUAUUGUAGGCUUAUUGAAUGAGUUUGGAAAUUUCUGCGAUGUGUACUAUAAACAUCGUACUGUUGUUCGUUUCUUAAGGAUAUCUCGAUACAAUAAUUUGGUCAACGAUUUCGCCGAAUCAUUUGCGAAUACUCGACAGGAGCUCGAAGCACUGAUUCUCAACCAUACAACUUUGGUCGUAAUGCAGACAUCGAAUACUGUCGACUUGAUUGCGCGAGAGCUUUCUGAAUUGACGAAGUUUAUGAAUACUCAAACCUCUCGUGAGCGAGAUGCACAGGAGCUUGUGAAAUCAAAGGGCGGGGUGGAAAAGGUCUCAAAGGCGAGUGACAAUGACUUGAUCUGCGAAGUCUCCACAAAACUUGGAGAUCCCAUCCGCUCGUCCGCACAGACAAACAGAUCAAUACAGUAUAGCUUGAACGAGGAUUUAAGCCGUCAAAUCCGGGACAACCAGGCACUUUUCGUGAUGAAAUUAACAAGUGUAAAGGAAGAGCUCGCCGAAGCUAUUAAUAAAUCUACUAUUACAAUUUUAAGAGGGACCCGAUUCAAGCUCGAUGCCGGACCACACGAGGUUAUCAACGACCAUGACAUUAAAUCAAUAUGGAGAGAUAUGGUGGGUAUUUCCUCUUGCUAUUGUGACUCGAGUUCGUUAACCCAUGACAAUAAGAAAUGGAGGAACACCACCAAGUCUCGUCACUUUGUUUCAGCCGUACAAUACCACUUUGAACAGCAAUUUCGCCGUUACAUGAACGAACAUGAGGGGGCUCAGCACCCUGACUGCUGGACUUUGAAUUACCUUUCUCGGGUCAUUUUUUAUCCAGCGAUUGCUGAUGCUAUUGAUGAAGACUCUUCAGGAUACAUAUCAAUACACGAACUCAAUAAUUUCUUUGACUCCCGUCCGAAGGAUUGGACCGCACCCCAGUGGUUAGCUUAUUGGGCCGCCGGAUGGUAUCAAGACAGUCUACAAUAUCGGGACAAAAUAAUGGCUCGACUAUCCGUAUUUGAUGACUCUAUAGAACGUAUACAUCCAGAAAACAAAGGCCCAUUACAAGACUAUUUGAGUGAGGUCGCAGAAAACGUGAGGCUUAUUGUUGAUUCGCUUUACAAUAACGUACUAGAGUAUUUUGAGGCUGAUAGUGCAGAAGCGGUCAAUCUAGUAUCCUUGAGGGAAAAAUACGCGGAACAUGUGACAAAAGAAGUUGAAGAGCGAUUGGAUCAAGCGAAAUAUACGAUUGAUGAUACACAUACGCUGAGCCUUAUAAUUGGGAUAGGAAAUCGUCUUGAAUCGGACAAGCCACUUCAAGAAGGCAUUACAAUCUCGAUGACUGCGUCCCUCCAAGUUAUCUUUGAAGCAUUCACAAAGAGAACCCGUUCUUUGAUGGAGAGUUGGAGACAACAAAGGCUAGAUGCGAAUUUGCAAGCAGAAUGGUAUGCUUAUGGCCUCUUCGAAGAUUGGUACAAGAGAGAAAAGGGGGCAGAAUCAGAUGAAGAAUAUGAUGAACAAGACUUAUCCGAGGAAGAAUCCACUGACGAGCUAGAGGAACUAGAAGAUCAGGCCACACGCCCACCCACUGAAGAUGGAAGUGUGGUCGAAACUGAGGCUCGUUCGGAUGAGGAGCAUAGUGUGGACGAAGCGGAUGAUGGCAGCGACGAGGCUGAGGGUGUAGAUACCGGGGUCGAUGACCUUGAAGGCGACGAUAAUGGCGAUAAGAAUUCAUCCAGAGAUUGUGGCUCCAAGAUAAGAACUGGCUACCAGAGAGACGUAGAAAGACGGCUGGAUCGCUUGGAGGGUCAAAUGGAUGAACUAAAGGGCUUGAUGCUGAAGAUUUUGGAGCAUCUUGAUGGAUAA